ACAGACCGUCCAUGGCAGAGACAGCAGUAAACUAACAGGGCGUGUCCAGAACAGCCGCCAUGAGAGUGCAACUCCUGCCAAAAUAAUCUCUAAGGUCUAAAACAUUUGUGAACACGCUGGUCGGUUGAAACGUAACGCCUUCCGUAUUUGUUCAGUCUCUGUAACACUACUUUAGCCAAAAUGCCUACGAUUAGGGACUUCACGCUGACCUACGAUGCCUUGAAUGAUUUCGGGACGUUUUCGGAAGGAGAUACUAUAACUGGAACACUGAAAAUGCAUUUAGAUAAAGAGGCCAAAGUUGAAAGCCUGUUCGUUAAAGCUAAAGGAGAUGCUAAUGUGCACUGGUCGGAAAGACACGGCGACAGAAACCACUCAUACUCUGCGCACAGGAGAUUUUUCAAGUUGAAGCAGUUUUUAAUCCCAGAGAACACCAGUGGCACUGUCCUUCCCCCAGGGAGCCAUAUCUAUAAAUUCUCCUUUAAAUUACCAACAGGAAGCAUGCCUUCAUCCUUCAGGGGAAGUCAUGGAAAAAUUGUGUACUUACUUGAAGCCAAACUGGCCAGAGGUUGGAAGAUGGACCGUACAGUUGAAAAGGAGAUCUGUUUUGUCUCCAAGGCAUUUCCAAACAUCCAGCACCUGUUUUCACAGCAAGUUGGUUCAGAAACUAAAACACUGGGGAUUUUCAGUAAAGGAACUGUGCACAUGGAUGCUAUUAUUGACAAGCAGGCUUAUGCACCAGGUGAUACAGUUUCUAUUGUUGUAAAAAUCAACAAUUCAUCAUCCAAAGACAUGACACCCAAAAUCAGUUUAAACCAGCAUGUGGUGUACCGUGCGAAUGGGCAUACCAAACAUCAUCACAGCGUUGUCGGCAAAAUUGUUGGUGACUGCAUUAAUGAGAAAACACAGAAGGAUAUCAGACACAAAAUGACGAUUUCCCCUGAGACUCCACAGACAAUUCAGAAUUGUGAUGUGUUGUCAGUGCAGUACCAUUUAAAGGUGUAUCUGGAUAUCAGCUUCUCUUUUGAUCCAGAGAUUGUGUUUCCAGUGGUCAUUAUUCCUCGUGAUUUAACUCCAGGCUAUGUUCCAAGUGCGGGCCCAAGUCACAGCGACUUCACUCCCCCUGCAUUUCAGAUGGGUCCUUAUCCACCUGGGGCGACUGGAGGUCAAAGUAACAGUGACUUCCCUCCUCCAGCUGCACAUUUAAGCACUCCAGGAUACCCAGCAGCGCCAGCCUAUUCAGCACCCCCACCUGUCUACCCAGGUUAUCCGUCAGUGCCUGGUACAUCCGGAAUGUACCCUGCUCCGCCCACGCACAUGUCAGGGGGGUACAACCCGCCACCACAGCAGCCUUAUCCAUACGGAUCCCCUUUCUCAGCCUCAUCAUCAUCUUCUAUGCUUCACCCUCCUCCAAGUGCCCCAGCGUUUCAUCCACCCUCCACUGACCCAGCAAUGCCUCAGUUUCCUUCUGCUCCAACGAUGUUCAACACGUCCCCAAAUGCUACCACAAACAACCUUAUGCCUUCUGCACCGAUGAUGAACACAGACUUUCUGUCUCAGUCAGAUGAGGCUCCUCCAUCUUAUUCAGUCCUUUUCCCUUCUUCAACUACUGAAAACUCUGAUGCAAAAUAAUUGAAUACCGUAUUUAUGAUAAAUCAUAUUAAUCAUCAGAUAGUUGGUGAAAUAUUAGAUACAACUUUCUGUCUUCUUACUACAAACUGCCAAAUAAUGCCACAUUUUGACUACUUGGUACCGACUUGGCUCGGCCUUUUUGCAUUUCCAUUACGUAAAAGAACCUGGAAUCUGGUACCCAGUACUAGUUUUUUGGUAUCUACUUCACCAAGGUUCCAAGACGAGGGAAGAGAUACUAAAACGUGAUCUGUAAACACUGCAGACCACUAAUUGGUCAGUUUUCUCUGCGUCAUUGCACUUUCAAUGUGUGACCCGCUAUUUUUUGUUUUUUAAAAACAGACGCGGAAGUUUACAGUAAAUAUCCCAGUAGGUUAAUUCACAUGAUGGCAGCCUGCAAAACUACACAUUUGGUUGAUCAAGAAUAUUCAGACAUUUCUGUCCUUGGUGGCUGACAAAAAAAUUCAGCAUGAGCUUGACAGAACACCAUGUAACAAGUGAGUUUAUCAGCAACUUUCUGAGCAGACAUCACGGAAGUUACGUGCAGCGUUGCUAUGAUGUCCAGGUGCUCUAAAGUUGGUAUUAUCCUGUAAUGGAAACGGUCUCCAGGAAUAGUACCUGGUACCUGAGUCGAGUUGAGUUGAGCCGGUUCCACAUAUUGGAAAUGUGGCGUAAGUGUAUGGACAGUAUGCCUUAUGAUCAAACAGUGAUCAUCAAAUGGGAAGUGAAAUAUUAAAUACCACUUCCUGUUUUCUGUGACUCAAAACUCUGCCAAAUAACUGUGUAUGCCUUAUGAUCAUGUAAUUGUACAACCUGGUAAUAUGAAACACCAUGAUGUCUUUAGCUAACACUAUGAGUGCUACAGAAAGUUCAGGUGAAAUGGGCAUUUUGUGCAGUCUUUACUCUCCGCAUGUAAACGUUUGUAUUUAUAUGCAUGGGACUGUUUGGUAUUUAGCAUAUUGUUGGUAACUCCUUUGCUUAAGGUAUAAUUGAGUAUCUCCAGCUGCUAACAAGUGCUCAAUACUCUGUUUAUACUGUGGUUUUAUGUGACAUGUUGAACUCAAGUGUCCUACAUUAACAGUAGAUAAGUUUUAAUAUUACUAUAGUUUAAAUCUGCCAGGCUACCUCUUUGCUCUGUGUAAGAAACAAUCAUUUCAGUAUUUUUUUUUUUUUUUUUAAUAAAUAAUGUUAUUGUUUAAGAGGCCCAUAUAUUUUCAUUUAUCUGCAGUUGAAGUUCACAACUACUGAACCCUCUGUAUAUUUUUUUUUUUUCAAUAUAAUCUAUUUUGCAAACUGGACUUAUAUUCAGCAAUUUUCUGGACUUUCUCUGACAGAUUUAAAUAAAAGAUUUUAAGUGCAGCUUU